CACUCUCUCGUUCAGUUUACCAGCAACCUUCCGCGCAAUCAAAACAAAACAACGCGUUCUUCACUCUUCGCGAGUCGAAAUUUUCUCCGGUCAAAGUUUUUGGUGAUCCGAAAAGUGUUUUCCCUUUCCCUAACCUUGAAUUCCGGGACGUUCCGAUUAAUUGUUGACGCCGGAAGCCGACUUCCGUUAGUGUGUGAGUGUUUUGAAGUUUAUAACCGUACUUUCGCUGACAAUCGUCGCCGCGCGCGCGCUCCCCAAUCCGGAACCGAAAAACGUAAACAAAAACCAUCGUCGCGAGCCAUGCCGUUCGAAAACGUCGCGAAUCUGCUCCGGUCGGACCAGACGUUGACGUGGCGGCCGGCGCCCCGCUGUCCGCGGUGCCACCAGAUGUUCUCGUCCGCGUACGUGCCCCGGUCCGGCGUUCCGUCGCGGCGGGCCUUCAUCCUGCGGUGCGACCACUUGCUGUGCGAAAAGUGCAUCCAGGAGCAGCUGCGGGCGGUCAACGUGGCCAACGCGCCGCCGGGCAACCUCAAGACCACGGGGAUUCCGUGCCGGGUGUGCAACAUCCGGACGCUGCUGGAUCCGGUGCGGCCGGUCCGGGAACAGCUGCAGCAGUCGCUGCACAUGAUGGGGCUGGUCUACCAGUGGCAGCACGAGCAGUCCCGCAUCAAGUCCGGCCCGGGAUCCAGCUCGGGCUCCUCCUUCGGUACGGCCCCCGGCGAGGAGCCGCGGCGCCAAUCCGCGGCGGUGCUCCCCCUUGACGAUCCGGACGAGGACCGCGAGUGCUACGAGUGCAACUCGUCCCGAACGCGCCACUACUGCGAGGGCUGCGACACCCCGCUCUGCCGGGACUGCUUCGAGAAGAUCCACCGCGUGGGAAAGGCCCUGGCCCGGCACAAGUUGCGGCCGCUCGCGGCCAAACGGUGGCUCCGCGAGGACGCCAGCGUGUGCGACGAGCACAAGCUCGUGACGGGACUGUUUUGUACGAGCUGCGAGGUGCGCGUUUGCAGCGCCUGCCGGAACGAGAGUCACGCGUUGCACUUUUGUGCCGCGCUGCAGGACAUCAACAAGGAGGCGCAACCGCGGCUGGAGAAGAUGCUGCAGGAUCUGCACAAGGCGGUCGCGAUGAACGAGCAGGGACAAAAGUUCACCGAGCACGUGCUGGACCAGCAGCGCGAGUUCACGGACGCGACGAUCCGCCACAUCACCGACUACUUCAUGUCGCUGCACAGCGUGCUGCAGUCGGCCGAACAGGAACUGCUCACCACCGUCAAGAAGAACUACGUCCAGCAGCACGGCGCCACGGUGGCCGUCCAGAAGGAACUUCAGGUGGCCGAGCGGGAACUCCAGCGCUCGAUCGACCAGCUGUCGGCGUACCAGGAAACGCCUCCGCGCCAAACCCUGCUCGCGGACCACAUCCGCGAGAUGAAGAAGGUCCUGACGAAGGUUAACGUGACGGUGCAGUACGGCGAGCCCCGGGAGAACCCGUUCCGCUUCCGCGAGCGCGAACCACUGCGCAAGGAGAUUCACAACUACUUCGAGCUCAAGUGCGACCCGAACGCGUACCACACCAAGAUGUUGACGUACUACGAGCCGCAGCCCUUUCCUGUACUGGAACCCAUAAACUCGCCGGAGAUGGUGCACGCACCCCCGGAGGACGAACCACCCUCAGCAGCCGGGCUGAACCACUCGUCGGCUUCGACGAAUCGAACGCUCAAAGAUAUGGACAUUAGCAACCACUCGAGCUCGCCGUUGCCACCGGCCACCAAGGAGCUGACCCCGGAAGAUACCCGCGCAACGGCGCGUGACCACCUCUCGCUUGCGUCCAGCGGCUCCGCCGACCGGCGCAUCAGAAACACCCCCAAGAAGAACCACAAAAAGUCAACCCCCAAAUCCGCCGACCAGGUCGUCACCGACGAAACCUCCCAACAGUCCUCGACCUCCCGCCGCGACUACCCUCAAUCCAAGCGCGCCUACGGCGGCCGCCUCAAGUCCUACGGCUCGACCGGUUCCAAUCCCAACCCAGCGCACCGCAAGUCCCGCUCGAUGCCCCCCACCGACGACGCGCGCCGCAAAGCUCAACCCGAACUCAACCCGGCAAACCCGACCAACGCGCACUUCCUGCGCCUGACGGACAAGGUCUCCGUAACCUCGAUCACCAACCCCGCCAAGUUCUACGUGCAGUACGAAAAGUUUUCGCCGAAAAAUAUGGCCGAAAUGUGCAAGCUGGAAGCCGCAGAGGAUGAGCAAGCGCCGGAGCAGGUCGCCACCGGGACGCUCUAUCUGGCCCAGCUGGCGGACGAGUGGCACCGGGUGCGGGUGGUGAAGAACCGGCAGAGCAGUCGCAAGUGUGAGGUGUUCUUUGUGGAUUACGGGCGGAGCGAGGAGGUGGCGAAGGGAAGUUUGCGCGCGCUGAGUGAGGAGGUGGCGGGGAUUGCGGCCGGGGCGGAGGAGUGCGCGCUGUACGAGUUGGUGCCGGCGGAUGCCGGUGGGAAGUGGAGCCCGGAGGCGACGCAGAUUAUGGUGGAUUUUAUUGAUAACAAACAAGUCCGCAUGUACCUGGUGCAGCACGACGACGCGAGCCGCGGCCCCAUGCAGGUCGACCUGUUUGUCCAAACCAUCGACGGGUACAAAUCGCUCCGAAGCACGCUCAUCUACCUGAAGCUGGCCAAACCUGGCGCCUCCAGCCCUGGCCAAACCCGCCGAACCUCGGCCGCCGAAGCCAAAAUCAAACAGCUGCAGACGAUCCAGGGUGAUUGGGUGCGCGAGUACCGGACGGCGAUCAAGCAACGGGAGCUGGUCCGGGACGACGUGUUCCGAGCGCGGGUGACGCACUCGCACUCGCCGAGUGAGUUUUACGUGCGCAAGAAUGGCUGGCAGGAGCGGUACGGGGCGUUGGAGGUGCAGCUGGCGGAGUUUUGUCGGCGGGAGGAGUCGCGGUUGGCGUAUUUGCCGCACGUCGGGAUGGUUUGUGCGUUUGAGGAGCGGGACGUGGACGAUGUGGUGGUGUGGAAGCGCGGUCGGAUCAACAAGGUUGGGGAAGCGCACUGCGAGAUCUUCUCCGUGGACACGGGUCACCGGUUGGUGGUGCCCUGGCAGGACAUUCGCUACCUGCCGCAGGCGUUGUGCUUCGAACCGGCCUUUGCGGUGCGCUGUACGUUGAUGCACGUGCGCCCGUUUAAGCAGCACGGCUACCGGUGGACGGACGAAGCCAAGCGGUACUUUAACCGGACGGCCAGCGCGUCGUACGUGUUUGAGGCGUUUGUCGGGGACCGACUACCGGAGGAGGAGGGCUGCUACGAGAUUGUGCUGAACAUUGUGAUGAAGCGGCACGACAUUUGCGUCAACGGGUCGAUGGUGAAGGAGGGAUUUGCGGUGUCGAGUGGGUCCGAGUCGGCGGUGGUCGAGCGGAUCAAGGAGGUCAUUCCGGAGGAGGAGGAUGAGGUUGUGGGGGUGGAGGCGGCGGCUGCCGAGCAAAAGUCGUCGGUUGAGGAAGCAGGGAAUCGAACGCUCGGUAGUCGUAGUGCGACGUCGGAAGGCCAGCAGCGGACCAAGUCGCGGCUGGCGGUGUCGAUUCUGCGACUGGUCGAUCCGGGUGAGUUUUACGUGACGCUGCAGCAGCACGCGACGGGGAUCGAGCGGAUGCAGGAGGAGAUCCAGAACGUGAUGGAGGACAAGGAGCCGGGCGACAAGACGGACUGGAAGAAGGGCGAGUACUGUUUGGUGUUUCCGACGGUGGUUUCGAAGCGUCCGGAUGAGAAUGGGCACAUUGCGUGCGAGUACUACCGGGCGCAGGUCAUUGACGAUCUCGACGACAGCACGUUCACCGUGUUCCUGAUUGACAAGGCCAUCACGAUGAACAUUCACUACUCGAACAUGGCCGUGAUCGCGCCAACGUUGAGGCAGAUCCACCCGGCCGCCAUCCGGUGCUUCCUGGCGUGCGUUGGCCCCAUUGGAAAUCAGCAGACGUGGAGUUCGUCGGUCAUUGACGCGUUCAAGGUGACGUGCGGCAAGUUCAAGCGCUUCUCCAUCUCGCUGCACGGACCCAGCGUACAUGGCGCCCUCCCCGUCAUCCUGUGGGGCAUGACCGAGGAAAAGGUCAAGGCGUUGUCCCCGCAGAUGUACCUCUACACCAACAUCAACAACCGGCUCGGUCAGUACGGCUACGUCCACCUCAAGGAGAAGUUCAAGCCCCUGGCGGAGGCGGCCUCCAUCGAGGAAGAACUCCAACGUUACCACCAAUCCUUUGACAAGUUCCUCGAAGAGCUAGACGUGGACAUCAAGGAGGAAAAACCUGACCCACAGCAGCAGGAAGACGACAGCCUGACGCACUCGUGCGGAACCUACCAGGACGACAUCACGGACGAACACACCCCAAUCGAUCGAUGGCUCCCAGCCAAACCCAUCGACAAAACCAUCUUCGUGGGCAAGCCCAGCUACGUGGACAACAACGGCGUCAUCUACCUGCACGACAUGGAGCAGGAACCGGUGCUGAACGCCCUCCGUAAGAUCAUCAACGCCAAGUUCGCCGACAGCAGCGCCACCGACAAGUUCUACUCGGACAACGAACCGUGCAUGGCCAAGUUCCACCAGGACAACAAGUUCUACCGCGCGAUCGUCCGCAAAGCCAUCAGCUGUCGCCGCUACAAGGUCCAGUUCAUCGACUACGGCAACAUCGAAGAGGUGGACAUUGCCGACCUGCGCAAAAACGUCAUCUGCGGACGCGUCCCCAUCCAGAUGAACCGCUACCGCCUCACCAACGUCGCCCCCAAAGAAGGCAACACCUGGCCGACCGAAGUCCUCGACACCCUGCACUCACUAAUCGUCGACAAGCAGUGCCAGAUCCGCGUCGACACAGACAUGGACACGGACGCGGCCGGCGUUGUGCCGUGCUUCAUGAAGACAACCGGCGUGGUCUGCGUCGACGUUUCCGACUACCUCCUCGAGAAGGACAUGGUCGUGAAGAAAUUCGCAGUCGCGCUCGAAGAGCGCGUCGACCCGCUCUACGAUCCCUACAUGAACCUCCACGGCACCGCAAGAAAAGGCGUGGCGCCCCCGGGUCGACCCGGACUCAAAAUCGGCGCCAACUUCGGAGUAGACAUCAUGAGCACCGAAAGCGGCGAGAGCGGCGGUCCCACCCGCGCCGGCAACUUUAGCCAAAAAGAGCUGGACGACCUGUUUCAACACCUCGCCACCGAACAAUCGCGCCUGGACAACGCCGAACUCGAAGACGGCGAAGACUCCGACGACGAACUCAACCGCGUGCAGUACUUUGACACGUACGACAACAUCAAGCAGGAGUUUGACUCGGCCGAAGAAGCAGACUCGAUCGCACUCUCCCCCGGAGGCGGAGGCGGCACCGCCGACCGCGCCGACGACAACUCCCGCCUCUCGUUCGAUCCGAACGAGUUCGACACCUCAACCCAAAUCGAUCCCCCCCUCGAACUCACCCGGCCAACCGAACACGGCUACCCCCAGUUCGAGCUGGACGAGUCCUGCAAAGGGUUCUACUGCGAGGUCACCAACCUGGCGGACACCUUCAACCUGUUCGUGUUCCCCCAGCUCGAGUCCCACAUCCAGCGGAUGAAGGAACUGAUGGCCAAGAUCCAGUGCUACGCCCGCAAGCACCGCAAGUGCGUCGACAUCGAGGAGGACAUGCCCUGUCUCGCCCUCUUCAAGGCGGACCACUUUUGGUACCGCGGCGUCAUCAAAGAGUUCAACCCGGCCACCAACCAGGUGCAGAUCUUCUACGUCGACUACCUCAACUCGGAGACGGUCAGCGUGCGGGACAUCCUCAAGUGCCCGGUCAACCUGCGGCGCGUCCCCCUGCGCAACGUCCAGAUCCGGCUGCACGGCAUCCGCGGAAAUCCGCGAAUGCGCGACGCCGACAUCCGUCGCAAACUGGUCGAGCUGAUCGAGGGCAAACGCCUGUACGCCAAGGUGACCGCGCACAAGCCCGUCCUCGAGGUCGAACUGUACACCGAUUCCAAGUGCACCAGCCUCGUGUACCAUCGGCUGAUCCGCGAAAAGUACUUUGAGGUGAAGGAGGGCAGCGAACCGACGACGGCCGCCUUCAAGGCGGUGCGAAGACGCGACAAGUAGAAAGUGACGAGGAAAUGUGUUUUUCCGCUCUGAAAGAAAUUGUCCCUGUUGGAAGAAGGGGAUGAGAGAAGACUCCUGUUAAUAUUCCUUUAGUCUUAAGUUGAAGGUAUUUUGGAAGUAAAUGCCGCGUUCUUACCCCUUAAACAUUAUUAAUUUAACUCUCGAUACUUGUACUACUCUCUCCUUCUCCACCUUUACACAUGUUACUCAAUGGAAAUAAAAAAUAUCCCAGUCGGAAAUAAAAGCCUCGUGAAUUUGGCUGCUUCGAAAUGAA